CAAUUCGCCCCGUGUUAUGAAACGGCCAACGGACACGAAUUCUCGCCGCGUGCCUGCUUGCAAAGCCCGGGGUGGGGUGGAGGGGCCCAUCUCGCUCGGCAUCCCCUGCGAUUCCUGAGCACAAGGCCCCCCACGAGGCCCCCUCUGCCCAGCUCCUCCUUUGCAAUUUCAGAGAGAGUUAUGAUCCUCCACGAGCCCUUCCCUCCUAGAAGAAGAAAGCUCCGCCGGGUGGUUCCGUCCUCACUUCCUCGAGCAUCAAAGGCAACCGAGCCUCCCGAGAGGAACCCUCGAUGGACUACUCAGGGGAUGUAACUACAUUACCCAGGAGUCAACGCGCGGGUCGUAGAGAGGACGUCUGCGCACUAAGACCGUCGGAUCCAAGUUUGGAGCUUUUAGCUGCCAGUCCUGGCCCAUCAUGUAGGUGCAGCAGAGCCUUCCUUACCAUUGCAAUAGCGGAGCAAGCCCACUUUGCAAGCCGCUUUGCAAGCCGUGCAAUUGCAGCGCCUUCCUCUGCAAGGAGAUCUGCUGCAGGAAGUGAGAAAAACUCCAGCUGCAUGAAGAGUGAGCGGCUGCAGUUUGCAUCUUUGUUGCAAAACUAGCUACAGAAGAGAGAAGGCAAAGUCUUUUGUGUUCCCCUCCCCCAUCAAAGCAGAGGGGAAAAAUGUCUCAGCAGAGAGGCAGGAAGAAAAAUCCUGGGUUGAAAAUUCCUAAAGAAGCCUUUGAACAGCCACAGACAAGUUCUACGCCACCUAGGGAUUUGGAUUCCAAAGCCUGCAUCAACAUUGGCGACAAGAACUUUGAAGUCAAAGCAGAUGACCUGGCGCCAAUAUCAGAACUGGGACGUGGUGCAUACGGGGUAGUAGAGAAGAUGCGGCACAUGCCCAGUGGGCAAAUUAUGGCAGUGAAGCGAAUUCGGGCAACAGUGAACAGUCAGGAGCAGAAGAGGCUGCUGAUGGAUCUGGAUGUUUCCAUGAGGACGGUAGAUUGUCCUUUCACCGUCACUUUCUACGGCGCAUUGUUUCGAGAGGGAGAUGUAUGGAUUUGUAUGGAACUGAUGGACACUUCAUUGGACAAGUUCUACAAGCAAGUAAUUGAUAAAGGCUUGACAAUUCCAGAAGACAUCUUAGGAAAAAUCGCUGUCUCGAUUGUAAAGGCAUUAGAACACCUACACAGUAAGCUCUCUGUAAUUCACAGAGAUGUGAAGCCUUCCAAUGUACUGAUCAAUACACUAGGACAGGUUAAAAUGUGUGACUUUGGAAUUAGUGGUUACCUCGUUGAUUCUGUGGCCAAGACAAUGGACGCUGGCUGCAAACCUUACAUGGCGCCAGAAAGAAUCAACCCAGAAUUAAACCAAAAGGGAUAUAGCGUCAAAUCUGAUAUUUGGAGCCUGGGAAUCACCAUGAUUGAACUGGCGAUCUUGCGGUUUCCGUACGAUGCCUGGGGGACGCCGUUCCAGCAGCUCAAACAGGUGGUAGAGGAGCCAUCGCCGCAACUCCCUGCGAAUGCCUUCUCUGCAGAGUUUGUUGAUUUUACCUCACAGUGCUUGAAGAAAAAUUCCAAAGAAAGGCCAACGUACCCUGAGCUAAUGCAACACCCUUUCUUCAUCCUGCACGAAUCCAAAGAGACAGAUGUGGCUUCUUUUGUCAAACUCAUCCUGGGAAACUGAGAAAUGGACUUGGACACGAUUUUACCCCUCUGUGGACUGAUGGGUUUAGGAGGUGGGGCAGUGGCAGUGCAGCCUUCCUCACACAAAAACCAAGGAGGAGAACCUGCCACCGGCCUUUUUCCUUUUUCCUUUUUUUUUCUUUUUUGGGAAAAUCUUAUCCCCGCCUCUCAAAGGCUUUUUUAAAAAGGGUUCUUUGAUAUCCAUAGUGACUUAGAAUGAACUGGUUAGUGAAAUGAAUUUUAAUAAGGUUGUCAGCCACAGACAAAAAGAAAAAAACUGACAAGAAAUUAAUGUGUGAUUUAAAUAAGGAUGGCCAAGAGUCCUCUAGCCGUCUUCCCAUCUCCCCAUUCCUCAUUCCCAGUCAAGCCAGAUUUGCUUUUGUUUAUGGUAAUAGGUGCUAUGGUAGUUAUGAAGUUCUAUGUAGAGUUAUAUUUUGUCCCUACUGUUAUUUUAAUAUUUAUGUUAAGUGCUUGAUUUGAGUAGAAUCUUUGUUGUUUGGUUGUAUGUGAGAGUUGAAUGGUGGACAAUAAUGACAGCUAUAACAGCUGAAGCUACAAAGAAUAGUAUUUAUGGGGCUUCACUGGGAAAAAGAGGAAAAGAAGGUGUGGGCCAUAUACAUAUAUAUGCGCUGGAAGACUAAUUUAAAUGCAAGGAAGAGUUUGGCUUAUAUGUUUGCCCAGCAGUGUCAGCAUCAUGCUUUAGGAGAUUCCUGGAGAUGGUAUUGCUCUUACAAGAACAUUGCGAGAAUGCAAACAUACAGUUGUUUGUGGUCUAUUAUUAUCCCACUGGUAUGACUUAUAUCUGUAAUCUGAUCAAUAUUGAUAUCCUAAAGGGAGAGUGAGUUUAUCCAAUUUUCUGAUGAUUUAGCAUUAACAGAGUAGAGAGAUUAUAUAUCUUUGAGGAUGUAUGAGAAAUCAAAAGCAGCUUGAGCCAUUUGACUGUUCACUAUGUCAUGAUGAGCCAUAAUCUACAAUCAAGAAGAGAGAUUGCCAUGUUGGUGGUGAGUAGUUUGAUCCAUUGUCCCGAAGAAAAGGCGGUCACCUGAACCAGCAGGGACUGUCCCAAGGUAUGGGUUGUGGUCAAGAGGGAGAACUGGUCUCAUGCCAACCCACCCCCUCGACUUCCCUCUCAGUGGAUGUUUACCUGAGCAAGGCCCUGAAUAUUUUGGGCACAGGUUAAAAUAGGCAUUGUCUGAAAAGGUGAGUAACACAACAUGGAUAAUAAUGAUGCAUGAACGAUUACAUCCCUCAACCGAAUCAAAAACAAUAACAGUGCUCAUGAGCCCAAAUCUCUGUUUGAGUUUUACCUAUAGCUUGGAUGUAUCUGUUUCAGGAGAGUAUAGAGUACUCUUGGCUCUUUACUUCUCCUUAGUCCCUGCCAUAUUCUAUGCAGUGACGGCAGUUGCUUUAUGAUGCACGCUUACUCUUCGCUCAGUAGGCUGCAUAACAUGACAGAAGACACUGCGGUUCUGCUAAAAUGCCAGAGCUGCUUCUCCACCUGAAGUGUUUCGGUUUUCUAAAUAUGAAACAUGACAAUAUUAAUUCUUCAGAUUAAUAAGCCUGGUGUGUUUCCGAAGUCUGGUAUCAAGAGAGAACACUGGUGCUCUUGCUGGCAUCAGUGACGUUGUCCAAUUACUUACUUAG